UCUAAUAUAAAUAGUCUAGAUUUAUUUGCGUGUUUACAUUUGAUAUAUUCGUAUCUAAUCAGUUGGUUCUGCGAUGUUGUUCUUGUUCGCGCAGAAAACUAAGGUGCACAUUUUAACUAAGAGAUUAAUUUUCACAUAAAUGAAGACCGAGACUUCAAAAAUUGUCUAAAAAAACUAAUCACAAUUACAGAUAAAAAUGUAUUCCGAUGAAGAGGAUGUGAAGGCUUUUACUUUACUCAGAUGUGACGACUGAUUAGGCCACAUGAUGAUAUUUUUUGUACAGUUUAAAACGACAGUAAUUUAACUGAGGUAGAUCAAGUAAGAAAUUAUUAUAUUGUAUACAGAAAUGUUUUGAUAUGAUGUCUCACAAAAGUGUAUCUUUCAGGGUCAAAAUUAAACACAACUGUAAUGUUAGAAACUAUCUGCUCUUGUUUGUUGUACAAAUGCUUCUUUGAAUUAUUUUUUUAUUAUCAAAAUAUUGGAUAAUUUAUAUAAUUGAAGUUAUCUGUAUAUUUUAUGUUAGAUCUAAGUAAUUAUGAUCUUAAAAUGUCGACUUCUUAACCUGGAAAAAAAGUCCUAAAAACAGCUAAAGUAGUGUCAUCAUCCAAAUUUCACUGAGACUUUUUUGCUUUGUUUUUGUGGUUGAACAUGAUGGAGGAAAUAAGCUCACCCGUUCUUCUGUACUGCAGUCGGGAAGCGAGCCCACAGCCCCAUGUCUGCGGAGGCUUCAGUCGGCGGUCAUGAUGCCGACUCCGUCCAGUCUGCCGUUCUCCAGCCUGCCUGCCACGGCACAGAGGGGCACGGAAAUCCGGGUCUGAUGGGGAGCAAGUACGUCAAGUUAAAUGUUGGCGGCUCCCUUCAUUAUACAACCAUCCAGACGCUAAGCAAAGAAGACAGUCUUCUGCGAAGCAUUUGCACUGGCGCAACAAAUGUUACCAUAGACUCUGAAGGUUGGGUGGUUUUGGAAAGGUCCGGUCGACAUUUUGGAUUGGUGUUGAACUUCCUGCGAGAUGGUUCGGUACCACUUCCAGAAGACCACAGAGAACUUGAUGAGAUCCUAAAAGAGGCCCAGUUCUACAGGGUACAAGGACUAAUCCAACAGUGCCUCAAUGCCAUGCAGAAACAACAAGAUAUUUUCGAAAGCGUUUGCCGCAUCCCAAUGAUCACAUCAGCCAAAGAAGAGCAGAAGAUGAUUGCUACAUGUAGAAAACCAGUAGUCAAGCUCCAAAACAACAGGGGAAACAACAAGUAUUCAUAUACUAGUAACUCCGAUGACAACUUGCUGAAGAACAUCGAGCUGUUUGACAAACUGGUGCUCCGAUUCAACAACCGUGUCCUGUUUGUGAAAGACGUGCUCGGUGACGAGAUCUGCUGCUGGUCCUUCUACGGCGAAGGCCGCAAGAUCGCAGAAGUAUGCUGCACCUCCAUUGUGUACGCAACGGAGAAGAAGCAGACCAAAGUUGAGUUUCCCGAGGCGCGGAUAUUUGAAGAAACGCUCAACAUCCUCAUCUAUGAGAACAACCGGUCCGGUCCAGGAGGGUUGCACCUUUUAGAUUCUAGAGGCUCGGGUUCAUCGCUCGGAGCCGGCCAAUCAGAGGAAGAGGGUGCAGCGGGAGGGGACAGACGGGUACGCAGGAUCCACGUAAGGAGGCACAUAAUGCAUGACGAGAGAGGACACGGCCAGCAAACUGUGUACAAGGACUAACUGUGACGGAAAAUAUGUCUUGGAAGAAUUCAAUGUUUUGUUUUAUUUUUUUGUACGUUUGCAAAAUGAAACAUUCUUUGUUCACAGCAAUAUUGAAGUCUUUACUUAUUUCAUGAAAUGUCUUUAAGCACUUGCAGAGGUCGGGCUGUUGAUUGAUUUUUAAGUGAGGAGGGAGUUUAGUGAUGUUUACAACAAAUCAAUUUGCAUAUUUCAACAGAAAGUGUAUUAAGUCAGCUGUGACUGAAACUGGUAGAAUAAUAUUUCAAAUGUUAAUACCUUCCUGCAUGAUACUGAAUGAGCCUCAAAACCCAUUUAUCUCAUAGAGCACACCACCUGCCAUUUAUUUGGGUGUAAAUAGUUUGAACUGGCAGCUUUGUCUGUAUUUAAUAUGUAGGAAACAUUUAUCCAAGAUGUGAUGCGUCUGGUUUCUCUGUUGGACGAUGAUGGUACUGCUGCACAGAGCCUGACUGACAAAAGUCGGUGAAGUUAAGCCUCGACAAGUUAACACUGGAAUUAAAAAGAAAAGCCAUGUUUAUAGUUGUUGAGCAGCUCCGUUUUCUGUGUUUAAAUUAUUAUAAAUGCUUCUUCAAGCUUCUUCUUUUUUAUUAUUAUUAAUUUAUAAACUUAAUUUAUUGUUUGGUAUUUAACUUUUGUAGAUCAGUCUUUGUUACCUGAUGCUUGAGUGAGUUUUGAUUCUGCUGCUGUUGAGUGCACUCUCUUGCGCCUGGCAGAUUUUGAGAUUGCUCCUCUAGAUUAAUGCAACCUGAACUUCUGGCUUUAGUUCAGUGUUAAAAAAUGACCUGUGACUGUUAUCUUGGUAUGUUUUUCUGAGCCAUGUUCUCUCGUGUUUGCUUUAUCUUACACCAAAUCACAGGAUUAAGCUUAAAUUAAUAAGUAAUGCAUUCUGUAAGAAGUUCAACUAGAUUUGACUGUCAUUUCAGGAGGGUUUAAGGUACUAUUUCUUUUUUUCUAAUUAUCACUGGUGGUAACCUAAGCACUCAUAAAAAUAAGAAGGAAAAAACACAUUGAAUGCAAAUGGUAUGUGUGAAUGACCUUGGAAAAUGCACUAAUUUCACUUCCGUCCUGGAAAUGUUUGAAAUAAAUUGCUUAUCAAAUCCGUC